UGAAUUUCCAGAAAGUGAGCGAAUACAAUUCUACAUUGUUCUCAACUUUAAUUCACCGAACGCUGCACGAUUUCGCUUUCGAUUUUCUCUUCGACAGAGAAUAGACGUAUUUAUUGAGGCAGACCGAAGUUUCUCAGACCUAAGCAAUACAGGUUUAUGUUCUGAGGGAAGCUAAUCAUCAUGACUGACAAAACACACAUUCCUCUGACCCCAGUGCACACUGACAUUCUGAGAGUUUGCAAAAGUGCCUUUUGCAAUGCUGUUAAGGCAAAAUUUGAUUGUGCAGCUAUUUUCCACAAUAUGGAGGAGGAUGACACCUUUGGUAGUAAUUUAAGUGACCUCUCAGGUCCUGAUAUGAGGUACUCUACAAAGCUGCACAGUGGAGUGGAAGUGUCAGUCUGGAAAGAUGACCUUACACGUCAUAAAGUAGAUGCUGUGGUCAAUGCAGCCAAUGAGAAGCUAAGUCAUGGAGGGGGUCUUGCACUAGCACUGAGUAACGCUGGGGGACCAAAGAUCCAACAAUGGAGUGAUGAAAUUCUAAAAAUAAGAAAAAGAGUGCCAACUGGUGAGGCUGUAGUCACUCUUUCUGGAAAUCUCCCAUGUAAUAUGAUCAUACAUGCUGUGGGACCCCACUUGAAAUCAAAUCCAUCACAGAGGGAGAUUGAUAGCGCUGCACCACUCUUACGUCAAACUAUUUUAAACAUUCUGCAUUUAGUUUUACAAAACAACUUAAACUCAGUUGCAAUCCCUGCCCUGAGUUCUGGCCUUUUCAAUUUUCCAAGACAUCUCUGUGCCGACAAUAUUGUAAAAACUAUAAGGGAGUGUGAGGACUAUGGCAUGUUCAAAAGCAGGAAAUUAGAGAUUCGUCUUGUCAAUAAUGAUGAGCCCUCAGUCCAAGAAAUGAAAAGAGCCUCUUGGCAGAUUCUAGGUCCACCCACAUCUGGCACAUACAGUGGUGCUGUAAAUGGCAGAAACCAAAGGAUGGCUACUUCUUCAAACAACAGUUUGCAGAUUGGGAAUGUAACACUGCAUCUUAAAAAGGGCCAUAUAGAGGAGGAAGAGGUUGACGUAAUUGUAAAUACCAUUGGAAAUGAUUUUAAUUUGUCCCAAGGGAAUAUUUCAAAAGCUAUUUUGAAGAAGGCCGGUAAAAAGAUUCAAGAAGAGAUUUUCAGAAAUAAAUGGCAUCAUGGGGUUGCCAAAAAUGGGGAAAUCUAUGUAACAAGAGGCCAUAACCUGAAUUGCAAAUUUGUUCAUCAUUCUGUUUGUGCAUCUAGAUCUGAUCAUAAUGCCAAAGAGAUUCUUUUCAGGGUGGUCUCAGAUUGUUUGAGAAAAGCCAGUAGGGAAUGUGAGUCUAUCUCCUUCCCAGCAAUUGGCACUGGUUUACUGGGCUUUCAAAAACAGGUGGUUGCCCAAAUUAUGACAGAUGCUGUGGUAGAGUUUGGCAAAUCAAACACGGGGAAGAAGCUGGACAUAUUUUUUGUUGUAUAUCCAAAAGAUGAUGAAAUGAUGAAGGCUUUUGAUAAUGAGAUUGUUUCCAAGAAAGGAGGGACAAAAUUCCCAGAAUUACCCAGUGACUUGACAAAAAAUUCUGCUUUUAGCACUAAAGCAACCACAACAAACGAAACCCCCAUAAUUGAGUUCAGCAGUGUCUCUGAUGAAGCUUUGGAAGAGGCAAAAGCAUGGACCUUUCAGAUGCUUAGCCCAUCAAAUGACACACUAACAAUAAAGAAUAACCAUGUCAUAUAUUUUGGUCAAACAGACCAUGAAAACCUGCUCUCUCUCCAAGCCAAGUUUAAUGUUCACAUCAAGGAGUUCUUCAGGAGUGGUAAUGGUGGCAUAUCCAUCACUGGAGAUCCUAGAGCUGUCAGCUGUGUGGGAUUUGAGGUGGAGUGCAUGCUUUGUAAGGCCCAAGAGGACUUUGCCCUAGCCGAAGAGAAUGACAUUCUGUAUUCUGUGGUUCGCUGGCACUGUAAAGAUGUUCCUUGGAUACAAAUACCUAAAAUCAGUGCAGCUUUGGAGAAAGCUUAUCUGGCAGGGAGUAAAGACCUUGCGUUGAAUGACGGCAAUAUCAAAGUCAACUUGAAGCUUAAGAAUUUAGUUGACAACUAUGGGAGAACAAGCAAUGUGGAAAGGACAUGCUUGUUGAUGGAUUACGACGAUCAAAGGAAGGUUGGCAAUUCUUUUUAUGCAAGAACUUCUGUGACCAGGAAAGAUUAUGAAGAUAAAGAAACAAGAGGAGCCUUCAAAGCUUGUAGACUCAGUAUAAUCAAGGCAGAGAAAAUAGAGAACAUUGCCCUGCAGCAGAUUUUUGAGAUGAAUGGGAAGCGAGUGAAAGAUAAACCAAAGAAGCUCUACCAGUGUGUAUCAUCUCAGUUCUGUGAUCUAAUCUGCAGAGUUGGCUUUCAGAAAGAGUUCGCCCCACCUGCCGAGCAAAAGUAUGGCAGUGGAAUAUACUUCAGCAGUACUGUGGAUGAGGCAUUGAGGCUGUGGAAAGGACAGUUUGACGAAGAGCAGUACAUCUACAUCAUCCAGGCCCAGGUUCUUACUGGGAAAUCUGCAGCUGGUUCGCCAGAACUGAUUUUGCCCCCUGCCAUAGCUGGUGUCCCAUUGGAUCGUUAUGACAGUGUGGCUAGCAGUUUGAAACAGACCCAUGUCAUCUUCAGUGGUCAACAAGCUCUUCCUGAAUACCUGUUCAUAUGCCAAUCAUUAACUCCUGUGUAGCUGCACAGAGCACAAUGCAUUAACAAAGCCCUUUGGAUUCAAUCAGGGUGAAUGUUUGACUUAAAAUGUCAGUUUAAAAAGCUUAACAAAUAAUGACCUAUAUAAAUGAGGAGCAAAAAUAUUUGUAAUAAUUAGUCCUAUUCACAUUAGUGGAUGAGUGAUGAUUAUUGAUGCUGUUGAAUUCUUUUUAAAAAUAUGCUAAAUCUGGGUAUAUCCUGCUUUUGACUAGAACUGCUCUUUCAAAUAGUUCCUUCGAGCUCUUACCUUAACUGCUGUAAUGUUCGUACAUUUAGUACAUUUAUGUAAAAGUUUUUUUUUUUUUUUUUAUGAAGACAUUUAAUGACAGUUAUAAUGAGAUAUGUGGUAUAUAUAAAUAUUAAUGUUAGAUGAAAAUAAUCAUUGCUUGUAAAAGUUAAUCUUCAACAGUUGAUCAUAAUACAAUCUGAGAGGAUAAAUAAGUUUGGUGUUGGGUUUGUAGUUUCAAACUAUAUGCUGAAGUUCAAUUAAGCAUUACAAAUAAACCCUGGCAAUAUUUUGUCAGUUAUGAAGGCCUUCCUGUUUAUAGACUUAUGUGUUAAACAAGUAGAAAUAAAUGCAACAAUUUAACCAAAGCUUCUUGUGUAAUGGCA